CAGGCGCCGAAGUAGGAACCUUCAUGGUGCUGCGAUGCAACGUAAAUCUACCGCUGGAAUGCGAUCAGAACCAUCGCACACCCGCCCAAAUUUUUUGACCGACCUGCAAAUCUAACACGAUCUAUCCUUCUCAGUUCCAAUGCUGGGGUUCGAUCUACAUGCGAUGACCUAGAUCAGCACCGUUUUACAGUUUGAUGCGCGGGAAAUUGAACUUCUGAGUCGCAGCCAUUACUGAGUCACUGAAACCAAGUCGCCAUGGCGGGGAAGACGGACUCGGGUUCCAUACGGGUGCCGUACAGGAACCUGAGGGAGGUGGAGGUGGAAAUGAUGGGAACGGACGAGGCUCAUCAUCGGAUCGACCUCAAUUCCUCUUCGUCUUCGUCCCCUAGGGUUCUGAAUGGGACCGGCGACCUCUCGCCGCCGCCGAGUCAACCCGGACACAAACACAAUACUCUCACGACUCUCAUUCUCAGCUGUACGGUGGCUGCCGGUGUACAGUUCGGUUGGGCUUUGCAGCUUUCGCUUUUAACUCCGUAUAUACAGACACUUGGAAUAGGGCAUGCAUUUUCUUCAUUUAUUUGGCUUUGUGGCCCUAUAACAGGCCUUGUGGUUCAACCUUGUGUUGGUAUUUGGAGUGACAAAUGCUCUUUAAAAUUUGGAAGAAGGCGCCCCUUCAUUCUUGCAGGAUCUCUCAUGAUUUCAGUUUCUGUGGUGUUAAUCGGGUUUUCUGCAGACGUUGGAUACUUAUUAGGAGAUACAAAGGAGCAUUGCAGCACAUUCAAAGGUACCCGGACAAGGGCAGCGUUUGUAUUUAUUAUUGGGUUUUGGUUGCUGGAUCUUGCCAACAAUACAGUGCAGGGACCAGCUCGUGCUCUUCUGGCUGAUCUAGCAGGCCCUGAACAACGUAACACUGCAAAUGCUGUGUUUUGCUCAUGGAUGGCCGUUGGUAACAUCCUAGGAUUUUCUGCCGGUGCAAGUGGAAGUUGGCACAGAUGGUUUCCUUUCUUGUUGAGUAGAGCUUGCUGUGAAGCAUGUGGAAAUCUUAAAGCCGCAUUUCUUAUUGCAGUGCUCUUUCUCACUUUGUGUACGCUUGUUACCAUAUAUUUUGCUGAUGAGGUUCCACUAACUACGCAUGAGCCCAACCGUUUAUCGGAUGCUGCUCCUUUAUUGGAGGAUCCCCAACAAAAUGGCCUUGAUCUUUCAAAAUUAAAGCCUGAUAAGCAAGUUAUAGAUAAUGCAAAUCAAAGCAGAACUGUGAAUGACUAUGAAAGGGAUAUACAUGUAAAGGAGGCCAUCUCAAAAGUUGACGAAGAUAAGAAUGGUGGUUUUAAUGACGGACCUGGGGCCGUUUUAGUCAAUCUAUUGACCAGUUUAAGGCAUUUACCACCAGCAAUGCAUUCAGUGCUCAUUGUUAUGGCUCUUACCUGGUUAUCCUGGUUUCCAUUCUUUCUUUUUGAUACGGAUUGGAUGGGAAGGGAAGUAUAUCAUGGGGAUCCAAAAGGGAGCUUGUCCGAAGUACAUGCUUAUGAUCAGGGUGUCAGAGAAGGUGCAUUCGGUUUAUUAUUGAAUUCAGUUGUUCUUGGCAUCAGUUCUUUCCUAAUUGAGCCAAUGUGCAAGCGGAUGGGUUCAAGACUAGUGUGGGCAUUGAGUAAUUUUAUUGUGUUUGCCUGCAUGGCAGGCACUGCUAUCAUAAGUUGGAUAUCUGUUGGAGAAUAUUCUAAAGGGAUUGAACACGUAAUUGGGGGGAAUAAAAAUAUCAGGAUUGCUUCCCUGGUUGUUUUUGCUCUUCUUGGCUUCCCUCUUGCUAUUACCUACAGCGUUCCCUUUUCGGUUACAGCAGAGUUGACUGCGGAGGCAGGUGGUGGCCAAGGACUGGCUAUUGGAGUGCUUAAUCUUGCAAUUGUGGUUCCACAGAUGAUUGUGUCUCUUGGUGCGGGGCCAUGGGAUGCUUUAUUUGGGGGAGGAAAUAUUCCUGCCUUUGUCUUGGCUUCCUUUGCUGCCCUUGCUGGUGGCGUUUUCGCAGUUCGCAGGCUACCAAACCUUUCGAGCAAUUCUUUCAAGUCAACUGGUUUUCAUUUUGGCUAAUGACAAAAGCAGCUCAUCUGUUUGGCAAAUGACAAGAGGAGCACAUCAGAUGAUGACCACCCCGGGUGCCGUAUACGAUUCAUACCAACCAGACAGGAGGAUUUGCUCUCUGAGGGAUGGCUCUGGCAUUUUGCGUAUGUUCACUUACCAACAGAAUUACUCCUUCCGUAUUCAAAUUCAUUCAUUUUUUUUCCCCACUUCUUGUGGGUAUCUGUAUUCUGUACCCUAUGUAGAGUGUAUAUUGUCGGUUACUAGGAAAAGGAUAUACAUGCAAAUAAUGCUAAAGUUUAAUGGUCACUAUAAAAAAAAUUGUUCAUCCC